ACCGUACACACACCCCGCUUACCGAGACCCGCACUUGCUCUAACAUAUCGGGAGGGCAGAAAAGGGGAAGGGAAGGUGUUUUUUUUUUCCCUGUGUCCGAUACUCCUACCGAUACUUACAAUAUUACUACCGAGCUUCCCACGAUGCCUGCUAGAAGGAAGGGAAGGAAGGUUCCGCAAAAGGAAAAGCUAAAAAAUGCUUGUAAAAAGGAGGCGCCGGUGGUGGCGAUGACGACUAGGAAGCGAAAGGCGAUGUUCCCGUCUUUGGCGGACGAUUCUGCCGAUGGGAGUAGUUCCCCCAGCGACGGCGGCGGCGGUGGUGGAGGUGGAGACGGUUCUGACGUCGGUGUCUGCGUCUCAGGGCGCAAGAAGGGCAAGGGCAAGGGAAAAGGAAAAGGAAAGGGAAAAGCGAUAGCGCAGGUUGCAAUAGACAGCGGAAGUGAUGAGGACCAGGAGGAAGAGGAAAGUGAAGCGGACGAUGAAGAAGACGAUAUGCAAUGGGAGGACGUGCUAAAUGUCAUUUCUGCGCCGGAGGCGGCGGGGACAACGGGUACUGGGUCUUCUUCCACUCCGAAUCCCAAGCGGGAUCUGGAGCUUACGCUGAAUCGCGGUAAGACUGAGCUUAGCAUUAGUAGCGGAAAGAAGAAAAAGGGGGCUUCGGCCGCGGAGCGGCAGAUUAGGCUUGUGACCCAUUGCCUGCACGUACAAUACCUAGUCUUCCACGGGAGCAUUCGUAAUCGCUGGCUAUGCGAUCCGGAGCUCCAGGCUAUUCUGCUCUCGCAUCUGAGUCCUUCGUUACUCCUGGACGUGGAGAGAUUGCAGAAAAAGCAGGGUAAACACUCCGCUGCUAGUAAAAGCCCGGGAGUCACGGACCCAAGUUUACAAGUUCUGGACGGUCUAAUGCACUGGUGGAAGAAACGGUUCACCGUCACUCGACCGGGGUUGAGGAAGAACGGGUAUAAGCCCAUGUCACAGUUUGUGAUCGAGAGGGAUGAGGUUCUGGCCAACCGGCUGCAGGGCCUAUCACAAGGAGAAGAUGGUGGGUUUAGGUUCACAACGGGCCGCACGGAUGACCAUGGGGAGCCAACGUACACGAUUUUCAAGAAUGAGGGGGAGAGAGUGGAGAGCUUGCGGGAGUUUAGGGAGAUGGCGAGGGAGUGCAAGGGGAGUAAGGAUGUUGGUGCUAUGUUUUUCACGGCCUUGCUGAGGGCUCUGGGACUUGAGGCUAGGAUGGUGUUAUCCUUGCAGCCGUUGGGUUUCGGUUUCACAGAGAGGGAGACGUUUUCAGAAAGAGUGCUUGCUGUCGCGGACGGCAAUGGAGGAGGGGGACGAGUGGAGAAGAGCGAGGAGGUGGUGGGUGAAAAAAAGACGAAGGGAAAUGAACCCCCCGAGAUCGAGCCCACAACAACAAUAGAUCGAGACCUCCCCUAUCCAAUCUUUUGGACCGAGGUGUACUCUCCCACCACAUCCACCUGGAUCACCAUAGACCCACUCGUCCUCACAGCCCUGGGCUCAGCGCCCGACCUCCUCUCCAAAUUCGAGCCAAAAGGCAAGAAUGCCGUCGAGUCUAAGCGGGUGAUCGCAUACGUACUAGCAUACUCUGACAACGGCACCGCAAAAGAUGUGACUGUAAGGUACCUAGCUAAGAAUUCCUUCCCGGGAAAAGCCAAGGGCUUUCGAAUACUCCCUUCUGAAGUCCCUGUGUACGAUAUCGAGGGGAAUAUAGUUGCCUCCUAUAAGCGUGAUUGGUUUGGGAAUGUAAUGAGGGGGUACCAGGCGCGUGGGGAACCAAAGCUUGAGCGAGAUGUCAAAGAGGAUGAGGAGCUGGUCGGGAUUGCUGCAACUGAGACGAAAUCUUUUGCUGAGAAUGGGAAGGAGAGUAUUGGGUGGUAUAAGGAUCAUCCGGAAUAUAUUCUAGAACGCCACCUAAAGCGCGAUGAAGCCAUCAAGCCUGGGAAAUCGCACGUCAAAAUAUUCGUAUCGGGGAAAGGCGAGAAGGCCAAAAACGAGAAAGUCUACGCCCGACAGGAUAUGGUUUCAUGCAAGUCCGUCGAGAACUGGUACCGUGAGGGGAGGGUCAUCAAGGAGGGCGAGCAAGCCCUGAAGAAGAGACCGUAUUGCAAGGGCUUUAUUUUUUGGGACAGACAGAGUAUGUGGUCAUGGGUUAGAUUGUCGAUGGGGAGAUUCCUAGGAAUAAGGUCUGCGAGGGUUGCAAAGAAGUUGAAGAUCAGUUACGCGGAUGCUGUCAUAGGGUUUGAGUUUAAGCAUCAGCGGGCCGCACCAUACAUUGAUGGAAUAGUCGUCGCUGCCGAAAAUGAAGACAUAGUCAGAGACGCCUGGGAGGAGGAACAAGUGCAGAGGAAGAUCAAAGAGGACGGCAAGCGGGAGAAGGCUGCAUUGACUCUGUGGAGGAGAUUCAUUGUUGGGUUGAGAAUUGUCCAGCGUCUACAUGAGGUGUAUGAGGAUGGUGAUGGCGUGGAAGAAGCCAACCCCUUCACUGCGAAAAAGUUUCGUGGGAAGGGGCAGCCUGCGCACGGUGCUCAUGACGAAGGAGAAGAGGGCGGUGGGUUCAUUAACGAUGAUGCUAGUGACGGCGGUGAACCCGGCGGCUUUAUAAGAGACAACCAAGACGAAGACAUAGAAAUGGGCGUUGGCGGCGGUUUCCUCCUCGACGUUGAGGAAGACCCCUCCGAAAAAGUACUUGUCAAGAAAAACUCUAUCCCUACGCAAGCAAUGUCAAUGAAAGAAAUGCUAGCCCGAGAGCAAGAGGCUGCCCAGUCAAUCUUUGACUCCGAGGAAGAAGCCGAGGAUACCGCCAGCUCUCAGGAGGCUAAAUCUUCAUACUUUGUCAAUCAAACACCGCCAACGACAAGAAAGAAGGCCGGGAAGAAAGAGCUGGUAGUUACUGUGGUUGUUAAAAAGCCCGCCGGGUCGGCGAAGAAGAACCCGAAGCGCAAAGUGGCCCCAAAGACUGGGACACGGAGCAAGCACUUUGUUCACGAGCCUGAGAGCGCACCUGAGGGUUUUACUCCGAGGAGGAGUUUGCGGAACCGGGGGUGA